CGCGAGGAGGGAAAGGGGUGGGGAAUCUCCCCACCCCGACCCAGGUCGCGGAUGAAGGUGCCCGCACAGCUGGGUACCUCGGGAUCCGGAAAGGCCAGAGAUGGGGACCAGAGUCUGCCCUGGGGGCUCCGCAGCUGUGGGCGUCUGGACAAGCACUCCCUGUGAAGACCUCCCUGCCUUCCCUGCUGCCUCCCUCCCUCUGCUGGGAUCCUCCUCCUUCCCCCAACCUCCCAGCCCCUCCUGCUGAUGCCUGCAGGACCCAUCCCCUUCCCCUGCUCCCCACCUUCCCUCUACUAUGUGUUCCUUUCAUUCCUGCUGGACCUGCUGCUGUCUGCUCCUCUUUUUCUCCCUGGAAGUCCAGGGGUCCCCAAAGCCUCCCAGCGCUGCCCCCGAGCAAGUCCACUUGUCCUACCCAGGUGAGCCAGGCUCCAUGACUGUAACCUGGACCACAUGGGUCCCAGUGCCCUCUGAAGUGCAGUAUGGGCUGCAGCCUUCCGGGCCCCUGCCCUUCCAGGCUCAGGGCACCUUCAGCCCCUUUGUGGAUGGGGGCAUUCUCCGGCGGAAGCUCUACAUGCACCGAGUCACCCUGCGGGGGCUGCUGCCAGGGGUCCAGUAUGUUUACCGCUGUGGCAGCGCUCAGGGCUGGAGCCGUCGCUUCCGCUUCCGGGCCUUGAAGAAGGGGCCUCACUGGAGCCCGCGCCUGGCUGUGUUUGGGGACCUGGGGGCCGACAAUCCGAGGGCCCUCCCCCGACUGCGCCGGGACACCCAGCAGGGCAUGUACGACGCUGUUCUUCAUGUGGGAGACUUCGCCUACAACAUGGAUCAGGACAAUGCACGUGUCGGGGACAGGUUCAUGAAACUCAUCGAACCCGUGGCCGCCAGCCUGCCCUACAUGACCUGCCCUGGGAAUCACGAGGAACGCUACAACUUCUCCAACUACAAAGCUCGCUUCAGCAUGCCGGGGAACACCGAAGGCCUGUGGUACAGCUGGGAUCUGGGACCCGCACACAUCAUCUCCUUCUCCACCGAGGUAUAUUUCUUCCUCCAUUAUGGCCGCCACCUGGUAGAGAGACAGUUUCACUGGCUGGAGAGCGACCUCCAGAAAGCCAAUGAGAACCGGGCAGUCCGGCCGUGGAUCAUCACCAUGGGCCACCGGCCCAUGUACUGCUCCAAUGCUGAUUUGGAUGACUGUACUUGGCAUGAAAGCAAGGUUCGCAAAGGCCUCCGUGGCAAGCUCUACGGGUUGGAGGAUCUUUUUUACAAAUAUGGGGUCGACCUGCAGCUGUGGGCCCAUGAGCACUCGUAUGAACGCCUGUGGCCGAUUUACAACUACCAGGUACUUAAUGGCAGCCAAGAGAUGCCCUACACCCACCCUCGAGGCCCUGUCCACAUCAUCACAGGAUCCGCUCAGGGCUGUGAGGAGCUGCUCACCCCCUUCACCCUCUUCCCGCGGCCCUGGAGCGCCCUGCGUGUGAAAGAGUACGGGUACACACGGCUGCACAUCCUCAAUGGGACCCAUGUCCACAUCCAGCAGGUGUCUGAUGACCAGGAUGGGAAGAUUGUGGACGACGUCUGGGUGGUAAGACCUCUGCUUGGCCGGAUGAUGUACCUCUAGGAAUGGAGACAGCUCUCAGCAGGAACCCCGGACCUUGCUGCCAGGCCCAAGAGGGGAGUCAGGGUGGGCCUUGACUCCUCUGCCGUCCUUGGCACCAUGUAGGGUGGAUGCAGCCCCGAGAGAGCUGGAGCAGCCCUCACCUCCCAGAGAGCUGGGGGUCCCAGCCUGCCGGGUUGGGAGAGCAGGUGUAUAUACAGGCAGAGUGAAGCAAGACAGGUCAUGGGUGGCACCACCCAGCCCUCCUGCGUAGCAGUGACUGGGCAGAAUGUUCACAGGGCCUCGGGAAUAAAGAGGCUUAUGGCUGUGUCUCCCUGGACUCUGAACUUCUGCUGGUGAUGGCCCCCUCUGGGCUGUCUCCCCUUCUGCCCGCCUAGCAAAGGCCCUUACCAGCCCCAAGUCAGCAGGGUGGGCACAGCGGUCAUGACAGCACUGUCCAGCAGGUGGCGCCGGCGACCUUCUCAGGCCGGCCCUCUGUGCCAAUCAGGGGCCGGGCUCCCAUAGCCCAAGAGGAGCUAGCCAGUGUGGUCCCUGCCUCAGUCUCCCAGUCUGCCACCGAGUUAUCCUGGAAGCGGGCAAGUGUUAACACUCCAAACUGCCAGCUGGGACAGCUGACAAGCUUAGGAGCUCACUGACCUGUGGUUUUCCUCCCUUUAAAAAAUUUCCCCCUCCCUCUGUUUCCCUUCUACCUUUUGUGCAGUCAGUCGUUAUUUAUUGAGCUCCCGUUAUGUGCCAGGACCUGUUCUCCAUGCUGUGAACAGCACAGAGAUGUCUGCCCUCAUGGAGCUGAAAUUCUAUCCAGGGUGUCAGAUAGCAAGCACAAUAAAUAAGUAAAACACAUAACAGGGUAAAUGGUGAUCAAGCACACAGCAAAGGCAGGAAGGGGAUGGAAAGUCAUGGGAGGGGACGGCGGCAAUUUUCAUGAGGAUGGUCAGGGAGACCUCGCUGAGAGGGUGAUGUUUAGAUCUGAAGGAGGAGUCACAUGGGCAGAGCAGUCCAGGCAGAGGGACAGCCAGUGCAAAGGCCCUGGGGCAGAAACAUAUCAGAGCAUCAGUGGAGAGGUCAGUGUGAUAGAGCCAGAGAAAGAGGAAGAGUAGGGAUGAGAACAGAGAAGUGACAAGGGCAGAUCACAUGGGACAUUGUGGGUCACAAGGCGGUCUCUGUCCUUUAUCCUGAGUGACGUGGAGCCACAGGAGGGUUCUGAGCUGGUGAUGGGCAGGACCUGACUCCAGAAGUCCUAGGCCAAGGCUGGGCUCUGGCCUCAAGGAUGAGGGCUCUCCUGAGUGAAGCCAGUGGGUUCCCAGCUCUGCAGGCUGAUGGCGCAUCGGUUUGUCCAUUGUGUUCUGCAGUUUCAGCCUCCUCAGAUCUUUUUCCCACCCAGCACCCACUCUGCCCAAGGCUCUUUGCAGUCUUUUUUUUUUUUUUUAAUAUCUUGGCUCUAUUUAUUUAUUUAUCUUUAUUUUAGUUUUUACUUGUUGGCUGCAUGGCUUGUGGGAUCUUAGUUCCCUGUUGUUGUUUAGUCGCUAAGUCGUGUCUGACUCUUUUGCAACCCCAUGGACUAGCCUGGCAGGCUCUUCUGUCCAUGGGAUUUCCCAGGCAAGAAUACUGGAGUGGGUUGCCAUUUCCUUUCCAGGGGAUCUUCCCCACCUAGGGAUCGAACCCAUAUCUCCUGUAUUGGCAGGUGGAUUAUUUAUUGUUGAGCCACCAGGGAAGGCCUUAGUUCCCUGACCAGGGAUAUAACCUGCACCCUGGGCAGUGGAAGUAUGGAGUCUCAACCCCUGGACGGCCAGGGAAUUCCCUCCUUGCACUUUCUUGAGCACAGCAAGCUCUCUCUCAGUGUCGGCCCUCGGCCCUGCGCACUGGCUCUUCAUCCUGUGAGUGCCCUCCCUCUGCUCAUUCGGGGCUGCAUCUGCUCAGCCUCAGGGGUCGGCCUUCCCCAACAACCCCACCUAAAGGGGUCACGGUCACUCUCUGUCUCAUCCUGUUUUACUUCAUGUCCAACUCUUAGCAUUCUGCCAUUCUCUCAUUGAUUGAUUGGUUACCUUGUUCAUUGUCAGUUUGCCUCGCUAGGCUGGGGGCGGUCUAUGAGGGUGGAGACCAAGGCCAUCUUAUUUAUUCAUGGGUCCCUUACCUCCACACUCACCUCCACCAAUCCCUCCCAGACCCCUUCUCAGGGGUCUUCUCAGCCUUCUCAGGCUGAGUGGGGGCCCUGCCCCAUCUGGACUGUCACUGUCUGGGGGUGGGUCUGUCUCCCCCCCCGCCCCCCCCCCCCCAGAAUUGUCAACCCCACGAGGGCGAGGCUCAGGGCUCACUCCAGCACAGCCCAGCACUAGAUAGAUUCUUGAGGUUAAUAAAUACUUGUGC